AUGGCAGCAACCAUCAAGCCGAGCGCCGGCGCGAAGCUCCGGGACAAAGGUCCAACACUGAGUACGGCACGAACCAGCCGCGCUGGAGGCAUUCUGGUCCGCGGCACGACGACGUGCAUCAGCUGCGGCAGCAAGGCGCCGACGCGCUACGCCGGGCAGAACGUCUGCGACGAGUGCCAGGUCGACACGCUCUCGCGGAAGCGGACGCCGCUGCAAGUCGACAACGGCUGGCCACGCGCGGGCGUCUGCGGCGCCGGCGCCCCGCCGAAGCCGCGAUCGAAACGCAACGGACCGCCGGCCGGCUGGUCGUCGGCCCGCGACGUCGCGCGGCGCGAGCGCAAGCGCGCCGACGCGGCGGCGGACCGCGCCUACGCAGCGGCGUUGAAGGCGCCGCCCGCGCCGCCCCCCAAGCCGCCGCCGCCGCCGACGCGCGCCGUCGAGCAGCGGCUCUACGCGGACGCGUCGGAGCGGAAGUGGCGCAAAUCCGUGGCGCGACGGAAGGCUCACGAAAAGCCGGCCGAACUCGUGACGGCGGCGGUGGCGCGGCCCCUGCGGCUCCGCGAGCGGAAGGCGGGGCACCGCAACGCUCGCUCGGCGGGCUCCGCGACGUUCGGGACCGCGUCUCGGUUCUCCGGCGAUCCCGCGGCGCCGCCGCCGGCCGUCGGGAUUCGGGACUGCGACACGUACAAGUACGUCGCCGCCGAGGCCGGCAUCCGCGACGUCCGCGUCGCGCGCGCCGCCGCUUUUUCGGCUGCUGUUUCGGCGGUCGUCUACGCAAAAUGCCUCGGGGAUCUGGCGCUGCGAGUGCGCGACGAUCGCGUACCGCGCGAGCGCCGUGACGUCGACGCGACGGAGGACGCCGCCGCGACGGCGUCGGCACCAGCGGCACUUUUCGACCGGCUCCACGCGUCGCGGCACUCGACGAAAUCGGCGGCGCGGCUUUGUCUCAGGCUCGCGCGGGUCUCUGUGCUGCGGCGCGUGUGGCCCCAACUUCUCACGUACGAGGGGCUGCUCGCGUGGCGCGCCGAGACGCGGCGCCUGCAGGGGGUUCCGGCCAUGCUCGCGCCGCGGCCGAGGCGCGGGCCUCCGCCGAAGAACGUGACGGCGCAGCCGCGGCGCCUCGACGACUGGAUUCUCGCGAACUACGAAUUACGACCGGCCGGCUACCGCACGCGCUCGCACACGUCGGCGCUCGUCAGGGCGCGGCGCGAGAUCCAGGACGAGCUGCGGCUGCGGCGCGCGGACGAGCUUCGGGCGAAGGAGCAGGCGGGCAACACCACGGCGCUCGCGCGCGAAGAGGGCGGACGGCUAGUGGUCGGUGCGCGGCGCGCCGAGGCGCUGACCGUCAAGGCGCCGCCGUCCUGCAGCUUCGGGCCGCCGCGCGUUGCUGCUCCUGCGCCGCCGGUGCGGCGCCAGAAGCCCCGUCCCGCGCCGCCGUUGGACAUUCCGAGGCGGCCCGACACGCCGGUGCUGGACACGCUCGACGAUUAUACGGAGCCCGGCGACGACUAUACGGAGCCCGGUGAGUCGUCGGACGAGGACGCCGCGCCGUCGCCGCCCGUGCCGGCGACCGGCGGAGCGCCCGAUCAAGCCGCGCCGCUCGACGAGUCUCCGGCGCGCGUCGAGAUCGAGGCACCGGCGCCCGCCUACUCCUCGCCGCCGCGGUGGCGCGCCGGUGCGCUGGUCGAUGCGCGCUUUUGCGGCAUGGACGAGUGGUACCCGGGCCGCGUUGUCCGCGUCGCGGAGGACGGCGCCGUGGAUAUCGAGUACGAGGACGGAGACUAUGAGACAGCGUUGCCGCCGGGGCAUGUGAGGGAGCGGGGUUAAUGGUUUGUUUAGAACUACCGC